AGGAAUUUGGCAACACCAACGAGAUUUCUUCCAUGUUAUUCUUCAGCUCAUUCGGUUUUCUGCAUCUUUGACAGCAUAGCAUCUUGUCAAUUUUGUUCCUUGCCGACACUUACCGUCCGUACCUACCUUUACUAUCCUGCCUUUGGGCACGUACCGGACCUACCUCCGCAACUCCGUUCCUCCGCUCCGUCCCGUAUUGCAUCCACCGGGUGCAUCGCCGGUACCUCUCUCUACCAACAACCUCACCACCUUCACACCAAUCACUACCACCACUCACCUUUCUGGCCCACCACACCACCCAUAACUUCACACCAAUACGAACUACCAAAACACCCAAGACAAAAUGUCCACAAUCCUCAUACCCCUCUACAUCUACCCCUCCUUCUCGUCCUCGCACGAGUCCUCCGGCUGGGCCCCGCUCUUCCGCGCCCUCACCACGGCCCUCACCAAGAACCCUUAUGGGCAGCGGGAGGUGGAGGAGGUGGAGAGGGAUGUGAAGGCGUAUUUGGGGUGGUUGGAGUUUGCGGAGCGGGGAGAGUGGGUGACAUCGUCAUCAGGAGGAUCACCGACAUUGCAUCGCAUCGCAUUGCCUAUCGCUAGCAAUUAUGCGCCGGCGAACACGGGUUUAUGGCAACAUUGCACCAUUACCUCCGAGUCUCCGAUCCAGCAGCCCGGCAAGGGUAUCUCUCACGGCGCCCGUCGAGCCGCCGAUCACGGAUACCAGUGGCUCUUAAAGAUCGCCGGCGCUUGGACACCACCUUGUCCGCACCUUCGGGUUGUCCGCACCGUGUCCCCGACCGGCCGGAGUCCGGGACACGCACCUGAGCCUGGAACUAGUUUGACUCAGUGGAGCAUCUCCGCCGACAACAGCCCGCUGCCGAUCCGCUCGCCGAGAACAAACAAUUCUCCGGUCCUAGGUUACUACGCCGAGGGUCGGAUGAACACCCGAACCGUGCGACUAGAGCACACUUGUGUUUCUUCCGGGUUUCGGGCCUUGUGUGGAGGAGUCCUCAUGCUCACGGGCCUCAAGGUUGGCGGUCAAUGUCUGAGCGAAAAGCAACCGAGAUUUCGGAUUUCCCAAAUUUGCUUUUUCGCGAUCCGCUUGGACGGCAUCUUUGUCGACGAAGUCCCAAUAGACGCCCAGUAUCUCGACUACCUCCAGCGCAUCACGGACAGUGUACGGUCCGGCUUUGCUGAGGUUGCAUAUCGCCGGAGCCAUUGUGAUAAUAUUAAUAGCAGCGACAACACUUCUUUGUCAGCACCAUCGUCAUCGACAACAUCCUCGACAACCGGACUGGGCAUCGUGAUCCACAACCCAGGCAUCUUCCCCUCGGUCGACUCCUCUGACGCCUUCUUCUCUCCUCGCCUGGUGGAUUACGUGGUGGUGUUCGAGAACUGCCUCGCCGCUUGGUGGGACUCGGGUGACUAUGUCAACGCUAACCUCGCUCUCUUGACGCCCGAGAAGCGGGCCAAAGCGAUAGCUGUUGCUCACACCUGCGGAUGUGGUCCAAAAAGCCAAGCAGGUGGUAGCAGUGGCGGCCGCCCCCAGCAGCCAGAUUCAGAAGGUCACCAUGCCGCCGACGCAGAGAAGACCGAAGGCAGUGAAAAAGAGGCCAUCAAAAAGAAUGUGCAGAACUUUUUGGACGAGGUGGUCACACAGCAUAAACUUGCCGGACACUUUGCCACGUCUGCUACUGACUAUGCGACGUGGUGCUCGGGUUGGGAAGGUUAUGUGGAGGUGGCGUGUGACUUGGGCGGCAGCAACAUGUUGACGGGCGAGGCCAGUGAGGAAGGGCUUCAUGGCUGAAUCGGGGUUGUUUGUUGUAUGUGCCUCCCGCAGGUAGAUAGACGAGAUAGAGCAGUGGUGGUAUAACCGGAAUAGACAGGUAUAGAAUCUCCAAAAGAGGCACUAUCUUGAUGCCUUUGGAGCGAAUCUCG